AUGAAGCCCAAAACCAGUUUCAUAAAUGGGAUUCAGAAGGCGGACACCAAUUCCUUUUGGAGCAGAAACAAGAGAAGACGCAAAGAGAAGCCCUUCUCCGUUACCGGAUUCCUCCAAGACAGUGGCCGGAAGAUACAGGAAACGAUGUUGGGUCCCGGAGGCGGUGUGGGGAUCGGAUGUGGAGUGGGAGUGGGCUUCGGGUUAGUCGGAGGAGUUGGGUAUGAUGGGUUGUCAUGGAACCAUGUGAAGAUGGUUUUUGGGAUUGGGAUGGGUUGUGGUGUUGGGGUCGGGUUUGGGUAUGGGCAGGGUUUCGGAUAUGGUUUCGAUUCGGACUCUUUGGAUUCUUAUCUGUCCAAGCCGAACUCAGAUUCCUAUAAGCCAAUUAUCCAGAUAUGA